AUAAAUAAAUAAAUAAAAUUCAAAAAAAAAUUGCGACUGAAACAAAAAUAUUGAUUAAAAUUUGCCUGAUAUUAAUAGGCCAGUGCGUUUACAAAAUAAACCCGCAUUAUUGCCCAUAGAUUAAACAUUUUCCCGGCUGUCGUGUUAAUCAAAUCAAGUAAAUUUCUAAUAGUUCACAAAGCCUACAAAGUAGUAUGGGCACAGAAACCAAAUUAAAUAGCUACAAGGAGAACACCACAGCAACGACUGGCAGUGUUUUACGUCCGAAAGUAGCGCUCAAUGGUUCGUCGUCAGUCAGUGUUGGUCGCGGUAUUGUUGAUGCUAGCGGUGUUGGUCACAAGUUGCAUAGCUCAAAUGGCGCUUUGAAUGGUGCAUUGAACUGCAAGCAACAGCAAAGCGGCAGCAAUAGUGAAGCGAUCGUGACUCCAGUUUUUGUACCUAUACACAUUGGCGAAGACGUUAUCAGCGGUGCCAAAGAGAUACUCAAAACUAUAAGACCACACUGGAAACUCAGUCAUGUGCAAUUUAAGGUAGGUGAUUUAAAUAUAAACAAAUAUUUACACAUAUGAGGCUAUACCCAUUUU